AUGUUUCCCGAUGGACGAUCCCCGUACCCUCGUCAGGAUUCCCAAUUUCAUAUCACCCAAAUUCAAACGCGCUUGAAUAGCUUGCGCGAGUCCAUGGCAGCCUGGAAUGCAGUUCAUGAUAAGCAAAUUUCGGUGCGCUAUCAGGAAGAUGCCCAGUAUGAGCACGCUAUUGGUUUUAUGCGAGCAGAGCAGAAGGUACUGUACCGGACUUCAACCCAAUUCAAAGCGAAAUCAAGCCUCAUCUGGGUUUCGCUGUAG